AUUAACAAUUGCAAAAUUAACUGCUAAUGAACUUUUUUUUCCCCUUUCUUCCUUUCUUUUGCCCCUCUCUCUCCUUCAAACUUCCACACUUCUCAAUUCUCAUAAAUUAAUCAUAUACACAAAAUUUUACAAAGGAGGAGGGAGUCCUUAUAAUAACCUAUAACAAAGUCUCAAUUUACAUAUCUAAUUAAUAAUUUAUUUACAUAAAGUUUGCUUUUCUUUCUUUUUUUUUUUUUUGUUCAUUUUGGUGUCUCUAUAAUUUGAUCCACUUUUCCUUGCAUUGUAAAGUUGUUGCAAAUUUGUGUUUAUUUGUCAAAAUUCUUGAUUUGGGUGUUCAGUUUGGGUUAAGUUUUUGUCAUAUUGAUCACAAAAAGAGCAUUUUAUUUGUCUCUAGUUAUCCAAGUUGGACAUAUUUUGGUUUGGUUUGUUUCAUAUUUACAUAUUUGUGCAUUGUGAAAUUGUUGGAACUUAUGUUUAUUUGCCAAGAUUCUUGAUUUUUUGGGUGUAAGUUUUGUUCUAUUAAUCACAAAAAAGAGCAUUUUACAAGAAGAUAAAGGUUUUGGUGGUGUCUCUAAGUUUCCAAAUUGGGCAUUCUUGGUUUGUUAUGUUUGUAAAUUGUGUUUAUUUCAUGAAAAUCUUGAUUUAGGUGUUGUAAAUAUUUUGUCUUAUCAAUCACGAAAAGGAUUUUUUGUCGAUUUUAUGUGUGGUAUGGCAAGAUUGUUGAUUGAGGCUGAAGCUUCAAUCUUUAUACAAAUUGGAUAAAGACAGAUGCUUGAAUUUGUAAGUGAUUGGAGAUCCGCGAGAUCUCCUUUAACUUACCAAGGAAAAUGUAUUCGCCUCAAUGGUUAUCCCCUGGCAACCGAUGCAAUUCCAAAGAGAGAAUCAACAAUACUAAUGGUUCACAAUUGCAACUUUAUCAAACGUGGAAAGGAAGAAAUAGAUUCUUCCUUGGAGGCAGACUUGUAUUUGGUCCAGAUAUUAGAGCACUGUUUCUUACGUUGUUCUUAAUCCUAGUUCCAGUAGCAUUAUUUUGUGCUUUCGUCUCAAGAGGCCUCGUCGAUGCAUUUCCCCACCGAUUAGGCUAUCUUAUUGUGGCCAUAUCUCUUAUCUUCUCAGCCCUUAUUGUAAUUCUUCUCUUGCUAACUUCUGCGACAGAUCCUGGAAUAGUUCCACGAAAUGCCCAUCCUCCAGAUGCUGACGAUGAAUGUGAAACCUCUAGCAUCUCAACGAGUUGUUUAGGGAGUCAGACUGGUCCUGUCAGUUUACCGCCUAUGAAAAAUGUUACUGUUAAUGGAAUAGUUGUCAAAGUAAAAUACUGCAAAACAUGUAUGUUAUAUCGGCCACCACGCUGUUCUCAUUGCUCCAUAUGCGACAAUUGCAUUGAGCGCUUCGACCAUCAUUGCCCGUGGGUGGGACAGUGUAUUGGGAAGAGGAACUAUCGUUACUUUUUCAUGUUUGUUUCCACUACAAACCUCCUGAGCCUCUAUGUCUUCGUGUUCUGCUGGGUAAAUAUAAAGAAGAUUAUGGAAGCACACCACUGUAACAUUUGGCGCGCGCUUGUCAAAUCACCUGCUUCAGGCAUCCUUAUAAUGUAUACGUUCGUAGUUUCUUGGUUUCUGGGAGGUCUCACGGCAUUUCACUUGUACUUGAUAAUCACGAACCAGACCACAUAUGAAAAUUACCGGUAUAGGUAUGAGAGGAAGAUGAAUCCUUUUAAUCUCGGAUGUGCUAGAAAUUUUAAGGACAUCUUUUGCACUGGCAUGGCAAGUUCCAGGAUCAAUUUUCGUGCAAAGGUGAACGCUGAUCGCUCAUCAAGCUUCAACGCUUCAUCUUAUUUGGGUGGCGGAACUACUACGAAUUCAUCAGAUAUGCACAAAAUGAAGAACUUUGACAUAGGAGUUGGCAGAAGACAGGCUGUUGAUAUCGAUGAGUGUAAAGAAACAGACAGCCAGACAAGAAGCAGCGUAGGUGGUGUGGGGGCAGACCGAUGUGAGGGAUGAAAGACAAGACCAUAAAGACCACCGGGCAACAUCAGAUCAUCGGGCGUACAGACUACAGAUAUUGGCUGAACGAGUUUAGAGCAGAACACGAAAUGCAGGACAGGGAGAAGUACUGGUCUAAUUCGUUGAGAUUGUUCGUUGAAGUUCUCAUUCUUCCUGCAUUCGUGACAUGGCUAUUGCCACAACAUUCGCGGCCGGAGGCCCGGAGGGGUUGGUGCUCAAUAUUUUCUUUUUUCUUGUGAAUUUUCAGCAGCUCAUAGUUCUUUGAUGAUAUAACCAUUCAAUGAAUGAUUUUCUGGCGAAGUUGUAAGAUAUUGCUGCUUGUCUAUAUUUCUAAAAACUGAAGUUUAUGGCUA